UGUUGACUUCAUGGCUACGGCCUUGAUAUACAGUACAUCCUGCUAUCAUGGGUCUCAAGUUCAGAAACAUACUGGAUCAUGAAUAUAGAGUUCUAGAACAUCCUUCUAUCAUGGCUAUAGAGUUCUAGAACAGCCUAAAGCUCAUGGGCUCAUUUUCCAUCCAGUAUCCUUUUGCACAUUUAUCCCUAACCAGCACAGGACAGGUAUCUUGAGGUUUGGGGAGCCUUAUUUGAUUUUGCCAACGUAAUUGAUUAUGCCUGACUGAGUCAUAUAAAGUUGUAAAAUUGCUGUAAAGUACUGUAGCGCAAACAAUAUAUCACCGUGGAACAAGCCCCGAAUGACGCCACGGAGUGUCACUGAUUCAUCGAGCGUGUGACCUCCACUCCAGCCUUAUAACGGUCCUGGGGGGAGGAUUAAGACCACCAGAACGAAUACUAAACCGACAGGCUACGAGAUAGCAGAGAAUAGCAGAGAACAGAAGAGCGUAAUGAUGAAGACCUCCCAGUGCCAAACCAGAGUUUCUCAGAGCGGCAACGCGAGUAAAGUGACCAACCUCUACAGGAGCGCGAUGAUCCCGCUCAGCACCGCCAGCAUCACCCUCGCCGUUUUACUCAUCUCAGCAAUCCCCGUCUGCACUAGUGCUCCAGUAGUGCUGCAACGAGCCACAAUAGACCAGGACCAACUUCUCAGUCAGGUGGAUGAGGUGUGCUCAGCCUACCUCUCUGCAGACCUGCCAUUUCGGCCAUCAGACCUGCUGGGAGAAGUCUGUGUCCUGAUGCUAGUUCAGAAGUCCAAGGAGUUGAAAACCCGUGACACCAGUAAAAGGUGUGUGUGUGUGUGUGUGCAGGAGGACCUGAAGGGCCCGGCUGGCAUCCAGAGCAGAGGCUACUUCCUGUACCGGCCACGAAAUGGAAGAAGAUCUCUAGAAUAUGAAUAAGGAAAAAGUGCCAAGUGUCUGCAGGCUGAGGUGCUGUAUGGAGAGGAUCAAACCCCCCGUCCUAGGAAGAACCACACCUACUCACGGCCCCUGUAUAGUGAUGUUGAAUGUAAACAAAGAAUCCUAAUAAAGUUGCUCAUUGUUUGUCCAAAUGUGCUGUUAUGAUAAUGUAUUUUGAAUUAAAGCAUUGUGAUAUAAUUACU